ACUGUCUUCUCUUCUCUCUUUGACGGUCGCUGUCUGUAGACUCCGAAACCCCCCAUUUCUUCUUCCACGCUCGCUGCUUUCCUGGAACCUUCAUCUUCAUCUUCUUCUUCUUCUUCUUCUUCUUCUUCUUCAUUUUCUCCGCUUCAAAAAUCUUCUGCUGUUUCUCAAUUAGAUCUCUGCUUUUCUUCCUCACUCACACAUGUUGUAAUCAAUUAUAUACUCUUCCUUUCAACUGCAACUGCAACUGCAAUUGCAACUACUCUCUCUAUCUCUAUCUCUAUCUCUAUCUGCCUUCUCCUUCACUUCCCGGAGUAGGCUGUGAGGAAUUCGAGGUUCAUGGAUAAGUUCACUGUUCUGUGAUAUCUACAAGACACAGAUUCGUUGUGUUCUGCCUUGCUUUUGAACUAGGCUACAGUCAUGAAUUUUCAUCAAGACAAAUUUGUUAGAUUCCAGGACUGGAAUUCAGACAAGGGUUCUGAGAUAAACUCUCCUGCAAUUCACGCAUCAGGCUCGCGGAGAAUUAGAACUACACUAUAUUCAGUUUCCGCCAAGUUUCAGAGGGGUUUUGAAUCUAGUUCUGAGAGGAUAAUGAGAUUUGCGAAAUCAUUCAAAUCUUUUCCUCAGAGCAGUGUUCCUGCUAAAUGUUUUAGUUCUAGAAAGAAAAUCCUUGAUCCACAGGGUCCUUUCCUUCAAAAGUGGAACAAGAUAUUUGUGCUAUCGUGUCUUAUUGCUGUAUCACUAGAUCCUUUGUUCUUCUACGUACCUGUGAUUGAUGAUGACAAGAAAUGUCUUUCACGGGACAGAAAAAUGGAAACUACGGCAACUGUUUUAAGAUCUUUCUCUGAUAUUUUUUAUAUAAUCCAUAUAAUUUUCCAAUUUCGAACUGGAUUCAUUGCUCCCUCUUCUCGAGUAUUUGGAAGAGGUGUUUUGGUUAAAGAUGCUUGGGCAAUAGCAAAGAGGUAUCUGGCAUCAUACUUCUUCAUUGACAUACUUGCCGUUCUUCCCCUCCCACAGGUGGUGAUUCUAAUUAUCAUUCCAAAGCUGAGAGGCUCUGAAUCACUGAAUACAAAGAACUUGCUAAAAUUUGUUGUCUUCUUCCAAUAUUUUCCACGGUUUAUACGAAUAAUUCCAUUAUAUAAAGAAGUUACAAGGACCUCUGGCAUUCUUACUGAAACAGCUUGGGCUGGAGCUGCAUUCAAUCUCUUUCUUUACAUGCUUGCAAGUCAUGUUAUUGGUGCCUUUUGGUACUUGUUUUCUAUAGAAAGAGAAACCACAUGCUGGCAACGUGCCUGUAGAACAAAUAUCACAUGUAACAAGGCGGAUCUGUAUUGUGAUGAUCGUCGUGUCUUAGGCCCAACAAUUUCAACGUUCCUCAAUGCUUCUUGCCCAAUACAAACUCCAAAUACAACACUCUUUAAUUUUGGAAUAUUCCUUGACGCCCUUCAAUCAGGGGUUGUAGAGUCAACAGAUUUUCCACAGAAGUUCUUUUAUUGUUUUUGGUGGGGCCUAAGAAAUUUGAGUGCUCUUGGUCAGAACCUGGAAACAAGUACCUAUGUUUGGGAAAUCUCCUUUGCAAUUUUCAUUUCCAUUGCUGGUUUGGUGUUAUUUGCCUUCCUCAUUGGAAAUAUGCAGACAUAUUUGCAGUCAACAACUACGAGAUUGGAGGAGAUGAGAGUGAAAAGGAGAGAUGCAGAACAGUGGAUGUCUCAUAGAUUACUUCCUGACAGCCUUAAAGAAAGAAUCAGACGACACGAGCAGUACAAAUGGCAAGAAACCAGAGGUGUUGAUGAAGACCAUUUGAUUCGUGAUCUUCCCAAGGAUUUAAGAAGGGACAUUAAGCGUCAUCUUUGCUUGGCUUUGCUGAUGAGGGUGCCAAUAUUUGAGAAAAUGGAUGAGCAACUUCUGGAUGCAAUGUGUGACCGUCUCAAGCCAGUGCUUUACACGAAAGAAAGCUGCAUUGUCCGGGAAGGAGACCCUGUUGAUGAAAUGCUUUUCAUAAUGCGCGGCAAGCUAUUGACCGUGACAACUAACGGUGGAAGAACGGGCUUCUUUAACUCUGAAUUCCUCAAGGCUGGUGACUUCUGUGGAGAGGAGCUUCUCACAUGGGCAUUAGAUCCUCAUUCCUCAUCCAACCUCCCCAUCUCAACAAGAACUGUCCAAACUCUUGCAGAAGUGGAAGCCUUUGCUCUGAAAGCUGAUGACUUGAAGUUUGUCGCGUCUCAAUUCCGGCGUCUUCACAGCAAGCAGCUUCGCCACACUUUCAGGUUCUACUCACAACAAUGGCGCACUUGGGCUGCAUGCUUCAUACAAGCAGCGUGGAGGCGGUAUAGUAAGAGGAAGCUUGAAGAGUCUCUCAAGGAAGAGGAGAAUAGGCUGCAAGAUGCUUUGGCCAAGCAAGGUGGUACUUCACCUAGUCUUGGUGCCACAAUAUAUGCUUCUAGAUUUGCUGCUAAUGCACUGAGAGCUUUAAGGAGAAAUAACACUAGGAAGACCAGGGUACCAGAGAGAUUACCACCUAUUCUGCUUCAGAAACCAGCUGAACCUGAUUUUACUGCUGAAGAGCAGUAGGGUAGGGUGUAAUCAUUGGCUAUGGAUGCCUGGUUCUUAAGAAAAGGAAAAUGUGACCGGAAAUGGAAUAUUGAUAUGAAAUGAACAUUUCAUAGGAAGGCGAAAGUGUCAUUUCAUUUAUUUUUAUUUUUUAUGUUAGUAUAAGAUAUAAGAAGUGUAUAAAAUAUAAACUAUGAAGUUGUAUAUAUAAAUUAUUCUUAUUUUAAAAAAUAUAUUCUUAAUGAUAUUCGAGAAUGAAACUGUUACAAAAUGUUUUUAUUUUA